AUGGCAACCUCAACCACCAGUCGCUUACCUUGGGGUUUCUCUGGCUAUUUCAUAAGCCAUGCUAUUUCCAGAAUGAUUCACAAUUCCUCAGCAGUCACCAGCAUCACUGCAUCACCAUUGGUCAAAGCUUUCAUCAAAGUGAAACGGUACUUCGAGUAUGAGGAUCCUAACGGAACUGUGCAUGAAAUCUGGCGCCAAGUAUCUUUGAAACUUCCCCAUAUUAAAUUGAUUAUGAAUCGUGACAAACGACUUGUGAAGAGAGACUUGACUGAACCAGACUGUUCUUGUCUCUGUUCGAACCAGUCAGGGAUCCACACCACUUUAUAA